GGCCUGAAACAAUGUCCUCCAUGGAGAGAAAUGUAAAGGACACUUGAUCAUACGGUCCUUGGAAUUAUUUCCAGGAAACACUUGCAGAAGUUCGGGAGCUCCCUCUUCCUGGCAGCGCACUCAGGGACGGCCAGGAGAUGAGCGCUUCUCUGAAUUACAAGUCUUUCUCCAAAGAACAGCAGACCAUGGAUAACUUGGAGAAGCAACUGAUCUGUCCCAUCUGCCUAGAGAUGUUCACAAAGCCUGUGGUCAUUCUCCCGUGCCAGCACAACCUGUGUAGGAAAUGUGCCAGCGACAUCUUCCAGGCCUCUAACCCUUACUUGCCCACCAGAGGAGGCACCACGGUGGCAUCAGGGGGACGAUUCCGCUGCCCCUCCUGCAGACACGAAGUGGUUUUAGACAGACAUGGGGUAUAUGGACUUCAGAGGAACCUGCUGGUGGAAAACAUCAUUGACAUCUACAAGCAGGAAUCCACCAGGCCAGAAAAGAAGUCUGACCAGCCCAUGUGUGAGGAGCAUGAAGAGGAGCGAAUCAACAUCUACUGUCUGAACUGUGAGGUGCCCACCUGCUCCCUGUGCAAGGUGUUUGGUGCUCACAAGGACUGCCAGGUGGCUCCUCUCACUCAUGUGUUUCAGAGGCAGAAGUCAGAGCUCAGUGAUGGCAUCGCUGUUCUUGUGGGAAGCAAUGAUAGAGUCCAGGGAGUAAUCAGCCAGCUGGAGGACACCUGUAAAACUAUUGAGGAAUGCUGCAGAAGGCAGAAGCAGGACCUGUGUGAGAAGUUUGAUUCCCUCUAUGGUAUCCUGGAGGAGAGGAAGACCGAAAUGACCCAAGCCAUCACCCGAACCCAAGAAGAGAAACUGGAGCAUGUCCGAGCUCUCAUCAAAAAGUAUUCUGAUCAUUUGGAGAAUGUGUCAAAGUUGGUCGAAUCGGGAAUCCAAUUCAUGGAUGAGCCAGAAAUGGCUGUGUUUCUGCAGAAUGCCAAAACUCUGUUACAAAAGAUCUCGGAAGCAUCAAAGGCAUUUCAGAUGGAGAAAAUAGAACAAGGUUAUGAGAUCAUGGACCACUUCACAGUCAACCUCAACAGAGAAGAGAAAAUUAUACGUGAAAUUGAUUUUUACAGAGAAGAGGAAGAGGAAGAGGAUGAAGGAGAAAGAGAAGAAGAUGGAGAGGAUGCAGUGGAAGUGGAAGUAGAAAAUGUUCAAAUAGAGUCAUCAGGGGAAGAUGAAAGUCUGGAACGAGCCUCAGAGCCCUCUCAGCAGGCUUCAGAGCCCCAGGCUAUCCCAGGGCGACUUUUGGUUUCCUCUCCAGAACCACCUUCAGCCCUACCACCUGCUGCAGAUAUCCCGGUGACACAGGGGGAGGUGGUGCCCACUGACUCUCAGCAGACCACAGAGUCUGAAACUCCAGGCCCUUCAGCAGCGGAAGCGGCGGAUCCCUUGUUUUACCCUAGUUGGUAUAAAGGCCAAAGCCGGAAAGUCACCGCCAACCCACCUUGCACCCCUGGGAACGAAGGUCUGGGGCAAAUAGGGCCUCCGGGUACUGAGGAGUCCAAAGUGCAGUCCGCAGAAGUGGCAGAAGCCGCAGCCAAUGAGCGGGCAGCAGUGAGUGGUAAGGAAUCUAGUUCACCUGCAACUACCUCUCAGACUGGAUUUGAGGUCCCUUCUCCCCAGGGACAGGCUGCAGCCUCGGGGAGUGGGAGUGGAGCUGAUUCUGAGCCAGCUCGCCACGUCUUCUCCUUCUCCUGGUUGAACUCCCUGAAUGAAUGAUAUUCAUUCCAGUUGCUGUCCCCAGUCUGCCUGGUUGAGAUGCACACAGACAGCAGGAAACCUGGGUGAAAAU